AUGAAGUGUCUCUGCAGGAGAACUGUUGUGGGUUUUAUUGGAGGUUCUGCUGUUUUAAAUUGUUCUUCUAAAGAACCUCUGAUUAAAAUUCAAGACAUCAGAGUGCGCUGGAGUCACAAAGACCAGAAUGUGUAUGAGAUUAUUAAUGGUCAAGUCUCUGUGGAAGAACAAGAUCCCGAGUACAGGGACAGAACUGAAAGCUUCCCCGAGGAGUAUCUGAGCGGAAACUUCUCCAUCAAACUCUACAAUCUUCAACACACUGAUGCAGGAGAAUACAAGUGCUACAUCAUGGAGGAAUCAGUAAUCAAGAGUGUUGAGCUUUCGACUCAAGAGAGACAAGCAAUACAAAUCCCCAGCGAAGGAACAAAACCAAAACCAGAGAUGAUUGUAAUGUUCAUUUCCGUUCUAUGCACUGGCAUUAUAUUUUCAUUGGCUGCUUUUUAUUGAGACAGGACAGUAAAGAGAUGACAGGAAAGCACUGGG